CGGAUUGGAUGGGGACCUUGUGGUUCAGUAUCAAGACCCCGAAUUUGAUAAUGAACUGUGUAACUUGAGCAGCAUAUCAGAGCUUCCGAAAGACAGAGUAACUUUGAAAGUGUACUACAAGUCAUACCACACAGACUCAACCCUAGAUACAGCAAGCCUGUCAUCAUCAUCAUCCCUUGAUGAGAGCCCUGGUGGUAGUCAAACCCGUCAGCUACCUCAGCCGUUUGUCAUUCCUUCCUUUUCUUUUGAUGUUGAGUUGAAACUGAGGCAAGGAAAUGAGGCCUACCACAAAGAUGGGACCCUUCUUGACGUAUCAAAAGACAUGAAAUCGGACAUCUUGGAUAAGUUAGCAGAAGUGAUAUAUGUCCACAACCCCUACCCAAAAUCUGAAGAGUAUGAUCAAGUGGCCCAAGCUCUCAUCAACAAGCAUCCUUGUCUGAGGGAACCAGGGUCUGUCCAUGGGUGGUUUUGUUGGAAGUUCAGUUUGAAGUUUAAAAUGGGUAACUUCAGACAGAAGCUGCGAGUGGCCGGGUGCUCUGAGCUCAAAGUAAACUCUCGUACCUCUGGUCCAGCUGGGCCAAAAAAACUGAAGAGGGCCAAAAAGUCAGAGGUGAAUUUUCUGCCAGAUUUUCCAGAAGGGAUGAUACAAAGUAAUCUUGACAUGGACAGAUCAGCCAUGGCCGUUGAGAUGAAGAAAAGAAAAGUUGACUGGAAGCAAAUUGGUGAUAUGAUGAAUGACACAUUCCCUUUACGGAGAAAAGAGAUUGUUGAAGAUGAACCACUUGUGGCAGAAGUCAAAGAAAGAUGGCCAGCAUUGUUCUCUGAACAGCAGAUUGUAGCUGAAUUUGCUCGCCUGACAUCUGUUGACCUGAAAGGCUCCCUAUUUGCUGGGAUUGACCAGUACCUGGCAAGGUUCCUGGAGCUGUACAAAGCCAAGAGUGGCAUAGUGGGACUGACCAGGCUCACAAGACAGCUUGAUGAAGACAGUUCCACACAGAGGAAGAGGACUGUUCUUCUGCUGGGCCUUCCUCAUUAUCUCAGAGAUGAUCCCUCACAUUUUUUCAAGACUGUGGAGGCUACAGAUGAUGAGCAGGUGUUCACCAAGGAGAUGAAAGUGGGCAUUGUGAUGGUGAAAGAAGGAGAAGACAUCGUUGAUGUAUCAGUCAUCCUUGAGGAGGCGGUAGUCCUGUGUGGUCUGAAGGACAUCCCAGACGCUGUUGCUAUGCUGAUGGGCCUUCUUUAUGCCCUCAACAUUGACUAUCCAAAGGAACUGAAGUACACAUUUGAAGUGAUUCAGAAAGUCCUCAUGAACAUUGGUGGCGGACAGUGUUCCUCACUUGUGCAUGGUUUAAGAAACCGACUCCUGCGGAAAACCAUGUAACCCUGAACUCUGAUGCUUCAUCCCAAGCUUAAAAGGGAAAAUGUUGCUGUCUGUUUUGCAUUUUUUGCAAGGUUUCAUUUGUCCUGACUGUAGGACUGCAUUCAGUUUCAAGAAGGGCUUUCUUCAUUGUUGUUGCCAUGCUGGUUGUCUUUUUGCCCUCAACAUGUGUAUGGUUUAUAAUUUAAUGUGUAUAAUAAUGCAGAUGUUUUUUUUUACGUGUCUGCAUCUUUCAAGUUACCAACCUGAGUGUUACCAUUCCAAGUGUUCAAGUAUUAUGCAAUAUUCAGUCUCACAACUACUAUGCCAUUUCAGCUCUAUGGUUAUUUUUACAUGCUGGCUAUUUGAACAGUUUUUUGUUGUUGUUGUCAGACAUAGUACAGUUUAAGACUUAACUAAAAUGUGAGCAUUAAAAAGUGUGACACUGGUUAA